AUGGUGUCCAUGGGUACAGAUGGUGCAGUUGGUAACUGCGAUAGCGAUGGCGACUCUCUGUUUGGCGGAGGCGAAGCAGACUUUUUUGACUCUGCAUCGCUGUUUGGUGAUGGCGACGACGAUGGCAAUGGCUCAAACUCCCCUUUUAUGGAGGCGACCUUGCCACCAUCACCGCCUGCUUCCUGCAGCAGCAGUACUUUCACCGGUCUAGCGCUGCCAGCUCCUCCAAAACCACCGGCACUCCUUCUGCCACCACGAUCAACGUUGGUGCUGCCCAGCCCUUCACCAGUCACUUUAUCCCAGCCAGAACUGAAUCUGGAGAAUGUGCCACAAACCCCACCAUUCUCUCAAGAACCCGCAUCAUCUCUUGUGAGCGCUGAAACGCAACGUCCUGAGCUGCAGCAUACUUUCCCAACACCACCCUGCGAAGGCGCGCAAGCUCAAGGACAAUUAGACGUUAGUACCCACAGCUUCACGCUGACAGACGAUUUCCAAAUAUCUUGGGACUCGGAACUUAUCUGGCCAGACUGGGCAGAUUUUACUCAGGAAGAUCUCGCAAUUGACUUUUCAUUACCUGAACCAGACUUCGUUCGUGACGCUCAAGCAUGUCCGGACAUACUGCAGAACUGGGACUUCAACCUAGAGCUCGAUUCAUUUCAGGAUCAGGAUCUAGGAGCGCCUCAAUACACGCUCCCGUCAGACAUCCCACCUGUGGAACCCCCAGGCGAUGUUGACAUACGUUCGGAGAACUGCAUGCCUCGCCGAAUAGACGGCCCUGACGAUGACCCUGAGAGGCUUGUUGAGUUCAUCCCGGCAUUUACUGCCAAGACUACGAAAGAGCAAGUCGUUCAGUCGCUUGGCCUGCGUCGCUUGCACCACACAGCUCUGAUGCGGGAGCUGAGAGAUUUCCUGUCUGACCCUGUCAAUGCGCAACAUAGGCAGGAGUUGGAAUCCCUGCAGCAAGAGGUUAUGAAGAAGGCAUUCAUCAGGCUUUCACUCAAGUUCCUCCAGCGCAAUCUUAAUAGUCAAGAAUCCCGGGCUCUUCAGUGGUUCGGUCUUGCCUCUGUUCCUCAUCGGGCACCUAAAUCACCUAUCUGGCCAGACGAUUCUUCGGAGAUCGUAUGUUGUGUCACGGUGCUUCUAUACCAGACCUUUAAAAACUCGAAGCAAAAAGCUCGAGCGGCCAUCACCAGACAACAAAAGAAAAAUUUGAGAAAAGAUCAAGUCACCGAGGAAUUGCCCGCUGAAGUAGACCAACCCCCUGCGAAGAGGCAACAAAUACAUGGCCCCGCGGCAACUGGGGUGGUGGCCUCUCUUGAUCCUGAAAUACCGGUCAACAAUCUUGCGCAAGAACCUCAGAUAGUCAUCUGUCUCGACUAAUUUGAAGUCAUUCGAUUUACUACUCCGGAAGCAUUCGAGAGAUUAGCCAGGCUGGUUCGAGGCUAUUGGUCGAUGCCACUUAUGGAGCGAGGUUUAUUUACUUCGUCCCUUGAUUAUCACAGCUUUUCCUGGCCAUUAGCAAGAUGCGCCAUAUAGGCUUUAGCAAGCUUCUGGCUCUCAUGACCCUACGUAUUGCGGGGCUGCAAAGGGAUCGAUUUAUGUUGUAGCGCCGGAAGGGGUUCGGGUAUUGAGCUCUAGUCAUGGUUGCCAUCGGGCGGCCUGCUAGGUUUUUAAAUAACGAGGUCUCGGUGAUACGAUGAGGCGCAUACCAAGAGAUGCUGCAACAGCACUCUCGGCGCGAAGUAGUUUCUUUGGAAUCCUUUGUGGAAAUCAUGAUAGUUAAAUUCAUUAGUUGUACUGGCAGGUGGCCUUUUUGUGGAAACAGUCAACUUGUUCUUAUGCCACAGCUGGAGCUGAG